CACCUGCAAAAGUCCUUCAUGGUUUUUGUCUUUUUACCGCAACUGUGUGGUUUUCCGUAGGCGACCGUUGCAGCCGCCUGUUGUCGCAACUCUUCCUUCAGAGUCACACACGCCAGUCUUUGUCGUCCUGUAAACAAAUGUCCUUUCUAUCCGUUUCGGGUCCUGCCCUCUACUUAGGAACGGAGUCGCUUUCAAGAUCUGUGUGUCUGUCGCGAUGUGUGCUGGAGUGACGACAGUCUGUUUCUCUGAUGCUCGUUUUCCGCCGCAGACGAAGUUACGGUUUCUCGGUUUCGGUCUUUCUUGUUGCUUUUCGCUUCACUAAUUGAUGUGUGUUCAGACGAUCCGAGCGAAUGGUGGUGGAGGCCCCCCUGGCUGCUGCUCGGCACCGCUGCUUUCUCCAGCGCGUUGUAGGCGCCGGCCUCCAGUCCCUGCGAAAGAGAGAGGCGGAGAGUUCGAAAUUGGACAAGGAAGACUAUUUCGCUCACCACCAUCCGUUUUCUCAAGAAGAAAGCUCCAGUGAUGGGAUAAAUUCUGUGGAAGCAGAGUCCUUUCUGCUCAGUGGAGUGUACUGGACGCUCGCGGGUUUGGCGCUCUUAGAAAAUGACUACAAAAGAGGCAGACUCGGAUUCGGCGACGCACCCGACGGGGGUAACCGCGAGGAAGCGUCCACUUCCUUUCUAGGCGAAACGCAGCGAUCCUCUUUAGUUAGACUUGUCAUGAAAUGCAAACGAACACUUGCUUGCAGUCGCCACGUGGAAGGCACAGAAAACAGCGCCGACCCUCAGUCAGAGUCUUUGGAAGAUGCAGCCUGCUCCUGCUGCGUCGGCUUUGCGCCACAUCCAGACCCCAGUUACCCAGCAACGAGUCUAUCGACCUUGAGUGCGCUGCAGAUACUGUUUCUAUUAGGGAGUGCGGGCCCUUCCACUUUGCCGCCGCACUUACUUAACAAGAUCCAGCGUUUUCUCGCACGUUUGCAAGACCAGAACACUGGAGCUUUCAACAACCAGUGCAACGAUUCACCGAACCAUGCAGCCGAACCGGACAUGCGUUUCGCCAUGUGCGCAGUCGCCAGCCUCCAGCUGACGCAGCUACUCGCUAAUCGAAGCGCAGGUAAUUCGAGGAGUGGAUGUGUCACGAAAGUCCGUGAAACUGGAAACACGAGCAAAGAACGCACGAAAUCGGGGAUCGAAGGAGGCAGCGGAUAUGCCAAUGCUAAGAAACACAAAACGCAUGACUGUUCCUCGGAUAAUCAGCGGAGGGUGCCACGCCAAACAGACAACGGUUCCUGCGCGAACAGUUCAGAUAAUUGGUUCCGCGGAUGCAUCGACAGGAACAAGCUUUUCGACUGGAUUACACAGUGCCAAAACCUUGAUGGCGGUUUUGGAUGCGCUCCAGGAUGUGAAUCUCACGCAGGGACGACCUUUUGUGCAAUUGCGUCACUAAGUUUGAUCGAAAGGCUACCCCAGCUGCCAGCCUCAGCACGCCUGUCUGUCGAAGGGUGGCUAGGCGCGCGACAACUGCCUGGCGGCGGCCUCAACGGCCGCCCUGGGAAAAGCGCGGAUUCUUGCUAUUGUUGGUGGAUUUUAGCCACAGCCAACAUUCUGGGUAUGGAUCUCGCAUCGGUCUACGACACACAAACACUGAAGCAAUUCGUUCUUUCUUGCCAAGCAGAGACUGGUGGCAUAUCACGCGUACCGAUCAAAACUCCCUCUUCAGGCUGUGGUACUGUUGUUGCCGCACACGAAUCUCCUGGCAAUCAAAACGACACAGCGAGGGAGGAAGUGUCCGUUGCAAGCGCAGCAUCGUUAAAAGUCCAGGAAGACAAGAGCAGGAACCAAGUGGAGAGUGAGACUCCAGAAACUAGUCUUUUCGGAAAAGGUCGGUUGGAAUCUCACUCCGCUUCACAAAAAGUUCCUGAUCCUUUUCAUACGUUUUUCGGUUUGGCAGGGCUCUCCAUUCUUGUCCAUGCCGGGGCGGGUCACGUGAAUCAGCCCUGUCUAGAUGAACCGUUAUCCCGGGUGUUGGCGACCGUGAAUCCCCUGUAUGGACUACCUACUUACGCCGUCGACAAUUACAUGUGAAAUGCUCCUGAACGGAACCACAACAGACUCAUUGUAGAUGCAGGUAUAUGGUACAGCCAUAGAACGGCCACUCUCGGAGGCGUGCGCGCUGGACUUCACCAUCUCCGCACUGCCG